AUGGUUGAUUCAUUUUUGCUUACUGUGCUUCCUGAAAUAAUCCGGUUGAUCGUAUUAGCUGUUUUCGUGUUAUGGAAAUUUUACAGGUUUGUAAGAUCGAAUUACAGGUACAUGGCUAUGAUCAACAAGAAGAGCUCAAAAUUUAUUUACAGAAAAAAUCCGAAUUCGGAGAUCCCAGAAUGUGCUAUCUGCUUGUCUGAUUUCGUGGAAAGUGACAAGGGGAGAAAGCUGGAAUGUGAACAUAUGUUCCAUAGACAUUGUGUGGAGAAAUGGCUUCAAGAAUACAAGGGUACGUGCCCGCUCUGUAGGAGUUCGAUCGUGUCUGAGGAGAUUUUGGCAGAAUAUCGUCGAGUAAAAAAUGAGCAAAACGAUAAUAUCUUUGAGAAGGAGCUGGCUCUUUUACUGUUAUCGGUUAUGCAAGGAGGGAGCUGCAAUGGGUUUUGA